AGGCCACUUCAAAACCUUGGAAAAAAAAGAAAGAAAGAACACAAUGGAGAAGAACCUUGUUAUUCUACCCUGUAAAUCAAGGCUUCCUCUAGUAGUCCCUUCUUACAAUGCCACUCAAAUUGAGUGGCAUGGCUCAACAAGGGUCCAUGCAAAUUCCAGAAACAUCUCUAUGACCAAAAGGUUACACCCAAAAUUGAUGGAUACCCACUUGAACCAGUUAUGUGUUAAUGGUCCCUUGAGUGAAGCUGUGGCAAUUCUUGACACUUUGGCUCAACAAGGGUCCAAGGUGAGACCCAUUACAUACAUGAACCUGCUACAAGCUUGCAUUGACAGAGAGUUAAUUUGGGUGGGUAGGGAAUUGCAUGCUAGGAUUGAAUUGGUGGGAAAGGUGAACCCUUUUGUGGAGACCAAGUUGGUCAGCAUGUACGCAAAAUGUGGACAUUUGAAGGAGGCACGCAAAGUGUUUGAUGAAAUGCGUGAGAGGAAUUUGUUCACGUGGUCUGCUAUGAUUGGUGCUUGCUCUAGAGAGCAGAAGUGGGAGGAAGUUGUGGACCUCUUUUAUGAUAUGAUGCAACAUGGGGUUUUACCUGAUGAGUUUUUGCUUCCAAAGAUUGUGAAAGCCUGUGGAAAGUGCAGGGAUUUUGAAACUGGGAGGGUGAUCCAUUCGUUUGUAAUUCGAACUGGAAUGAGCUCUUCUGCGCGUGUAAUCAAUUCAAUUAUGGCAGUGUAUGCCAAGUGUGAGGAGAUGAAUUGUGUGAAGAAGGUCUUUAGCAGAAUGGAUGAGAGGAACUGUAUUUCAUGGAAUGUAAUAAUAACUGGGUAUUGCCAGAAGGGUGAGAUUGAGCAGGCCCAGAAGUAUUUUGAUGCAAUGCAGGAAGAAGGAAUUGAACCUGAAUUGGUAACUUGGAACAUUAUGGUUGCCAGUUAUAAUCAGUUAGGGCAUUGUGAUAUUGCAAUGGAUUUAAUGAGGAAGAUGAAGAGUUUUGGCAUUACCCCAGAUGUAUAUACUUGGACUUCUAUGAUUUCUGGGUUUGCUCAAAAGGGAAGAAUAAAUGAUGCCUUCAAUCUGUUGAGGGAGAUGUUUUUAGCAGGGGUUGAGCCCAAUAGUGUUACAAUUGCAAGUGCAGCCUCAGCAUGUGCAUGUAUAAAAUCACUAAGCAUGGGAUCAGAAAUUCAUUCUAUUGCUGUUAAGACAGGUUUGGUCAACAAUAUUCUAGUUGGUAAUUCAUUGGUUGACGUGUAUUCCAAGUGUGGCAAUCUGAAAGCUGCUCAACGCAUUUUCGAUAUGAUGUUAGAAAGAGAUGUAUAUUCUUGGAACUCAAUUAUUGGAGGGUAUUGCCAAGCUGGUUUCUGUGGCAAAGCCUAUGAAUUAUUUAUGAAAAUGCAGGAGUCUGAUUCACCACCUAAUGUUGUUACCUGGAAUGUAAUGAUCACAGGAUUUAUGCAUAAUGGUGCUGAGGAUCAGGCGUUGGAUCUUUUUCAAAGGAUUGAGAAAGAUGGGAAAAUUAAGCCAAAUGUAGCAUCAUGGAAUUCAUUAAUUUCUGGUUUCCUGCAAAAUGGACAAAAGGACGUGGCCUUGCAGAUAUUUCGGUGGAUGCAGUUUUUCAACAUAGCUCCCAACUUAGUUACAGUGCUGACUAUCCUUCCUGUCUGUGCAAACUUAGUGGCCGGAAAGAAAGUUAAAGAAAUCCAUUGUUGUGCAGUGCGUAGAAAUUUAUUGUCUGAGCUUUCUGUAUCAAAUAUAUUCAUUGACAGUUAUGCUAAGUCUGGAAAUAUAAUGUAUUCCAGAAAAAUUUUUGAUGGAUUGUUCUCAAAAGAUAUCAUCAGUUGGAACUCUUUGCUUUCAGGUUAUGUUUUACAUGGCUGUUCAGAGGCUGCACUUGAUCUUUUUUAUCAGAUGAGGAAGGAAGGACUAAAACCAAAUAGAUUUACUUUUGCAAAUAUUAUCUCAGCUUAUGGUCAUGCUGGAAUGGUGGAUGAGGGGAAGCAUGCUUUUUCCAACAUCAGCAAAGAAUAUCAGAUUAACCCAGAUCUGGAACAUUAUUCUGCCAUGGUCUAUUUGCUUGGUCGUUCAGGCAAGCUUGCUGAAGCACUGGAGUUUAUUCAAUACAUGCCCAUUGAGCCUAAUUUCUCUGUAUGGAAUGCCUUGCUAACCGCGUGCAGAAUUCAUAGGAAUUUUGGAUUGGCAAUCCUUGCAGGAGAACGUCUUCUUGAGUUGGAACCUCAAAACAACAUGACUCAGCAUUUACUUUCACAGGCAUAUUCUUUGUGUCGGAAGUCUUGGGAAGCUCCAAAAAUGACAAAGCUCGAGAAAGAAAAUGCUGUUAAGAUACCUGUUGGGCAAAGCUGGAUUGAAAGGAAAAACAUGGUUCAUACAUUUGUUGUUGGUGAUCAGUCAAAACCAUAUUUGGACAAGCUACAUUCUUGGCUAAAACGGGUAGCUGUAAAUGUCAAGGAACAUAUUUCUGACCAUGGAGUUUGCAUUGAGGAAGAGAAGGAAAAUAUUAGUAGUGUACAUAGUGAAAAACUUGCAUUAUCUUUUGCUUUAAUAGAUUCUCAUCAGGCUCCUCAAAUUUUACGGAUUGUAAAGAAUUUGAGAAUGUGUAGAGAUUGCCAUGACAUAGCCAAAUACAUAUCGUUGGCAUAUGGGUGUGAAAUAUAUUUAAGUGAUUCAAAUUGCUUACACCAUUUUAAAGGUGGUCACUGUUCUUGUAGGGAUUAUUGGUAGACCAAAACAAUGUGAAAGAGAAUCAAUGAAUUCAGAAAUAUGUAAAUCUGUUAUAUUGUUUUAAUUGUUCUUCUUGUAAAUAAAUCUUUUGAUUACAUCUACAUGAAUAAAAUAAAGGGACAAGAUCA